UUGUAGUGCUCAUACGUGUGUGUGUAUGUGUAUGAGUGAGUGUGAGUGUGUGUGUGCGUGUAUGAGUGCGAUUGAAAUUCUGUAGAGACUUUGUUUUUUAAAUUACACACACACUAGCUUCAUCGUCCAUCAGCCGUUUGGAGUAAGAUUAACAUUGUUUUUACCCAUCUGGAUUUUUAAAACGACGUGUGUCACUAUCGCUGAUCAAUUCUACACCAUACAGGACUUAAAUAGUUCGAUUUAAAGAAUUUACCUUCAUCCGAGUGAUGGAUGUCUAGACCAAGUUAUGAGACUUCAUUUUAAAAGCAGACCGGGUCCCUCCUGCCGGAGAUCUGCUGUUGUCCUGCCUCUGGGAACUCAUGAUCGUUGUUUAUUUGUGUUUCAGCAUGAGUUUGAGAUCUCUGAAUACACGCAUUGACUGUUCUUAGAAAGAGCUGAUCGAUCCAAGUAUGAAUCCGAUAGGAAUCUGUAAUUUGAAGAAGUGAUCUUAAAGCUGAGAACAAUCAAAGAAGGGCAGAAUGCUGAAGACCCUCACUAAAAAACUCAGAAGACACUCUCUAAACGAGAUACACCCCUUUCAACUAAAGAUUUCCUACCAUGGCAGUGAGGAAGGGGGGGAGAGUGAAGACUCAGAAGGUGAAAACCAAGAGUUGGCACAGAUCGACAGAGAGCGCCGGCGGAAUUGUGCCUUGACUCCUCUAGCCACCAGUCAACAGCACAACCAGGGCAUUCUCUCUCCGGCCCACUUACGCCGUCUCCGUUUACUCCUUGACCCGACCCUGGACCGCCACAGUUCAGAAGAGGAGCUGGAGCGCAUCGCAGGAGCCCCGGGAGCCGAGGGGGGCCGGAAGUGGCACAGACAUGGAGACAUGAGCAGCGCCUCCAGUGACGAGGAGGUGAAGGACCUGUGUGGUCCGAACGAACCGUCGACCGGGACCCGCUUGAGCGCCACCUCUCCCAGUCCUGUCCUCUUCAGCUCCUCUCCUCCUCGAGCGCUCAAGCCUUCACACACGCCGGCCCGCCUCCCUGUCCGGCCCAUCAUUCUCAGCCACUUUGAACAACCUUCCAUGCCUUACUGGCGCCACCGGCCCAAUUACACAGGAGAACCUGGUCGCCCCAGUCUAGACCUGGAGAAAAUGCAGCAGAAAAUGCUUCUAAAAAAGAACUGCGGAGGGAAAACGAGGACUAUCAAGAUUCGGAGCCUGAGCGGCGGCCGUCACGCUCCCCGAUACUCCUACGAUCCAUCCAUCUUCGCCUUCCGGCCUCUGAGCAGCGCUCCUCCCUGCAGUCCCCUGAUCCCCGCCGAGGAACCUCCGUGUGCGUGAGGGACACGACUGGACCUUUGCAGAGACGAAACAUCACUUGUGGACCAAAAAUUCCCAACAUAAAGACAAUGUAUGUUUGCAUUGCCUUUUAUUUUGCAGGAUAUUAGUGUGAACAAAGGCCCCGUGAUAAGGCCUGUGGACAAAACAGGAAAUGUGAUCAGGGCCAGAAUGUACGAGAGGAACGAGGAGACGCAACCUUUCGCCUUUAGCCGUCUCGUCCUCUCUAACUCUCAGGAAACCCACUUAGAACUUAUUUUAAUGACAAGGCCAUGACCACUGCGCUAUCUAAAACACCAAUACGUUUCUGUGAUGGGUUUAACAGAGAUCGGUCGCCGCUUUGUCGAUUCGGCCACAUGGUUGUGUUGAAGGUAACAUGCAAGACAAUUUAGGUUUAAGGCAGUUGGUUGUUUAGACAGGGAAAUGUAAUAAGAGACAAUCAGUUUGAUGCCAGAAUGGGCCUUAAUUAAUAAAACCGGUUUGUAAUAAAAUAAAGCUUUUCGCUCUAUAACCAGGGUAAACCGGAAAACUAACAAUCAGAUAUAAUGACAGCACAGGCUACACAUUCCAAGCCAUUGUUCAGCUUCAACGUGUCAGUAAUCACAUGUGAUCUGAUGUCAAUUCCAAAGUAAGUGAAGAACGGGGGCGAAACUACACAACUUUCAACGUCAUAUAUUAAACAUGCGCCUUACUACGUAGCAUACUCAGUAUACAAUGACUUUACCAUCAUCAAUAUCUAGUUUAUGAAUGUUUUGACACUGAUUGAACACACCCCAGGGAUUAAAUCAUCACCCUUAUCACACAGUUGUUGUUCAGAAUAAAAUACUAGCACACUGUAUACGGUUUACUAUUUCAAAAAAAAAAAAAAAUAGAAUGUGAAACAGGAUACAUUAUAUUUGCAAUAAAUGUUUCAAAAGAUACGUUUAUUUUGGAAUGUUUGUUCGCAUGAAUUAAUUUCUAAAAAAACAAAAUGUCUUCUAGGUGGGAUAUACAGUAGUAUUCUCCAGAAAUACAACAUCCUGUAUAUGCUAGUGUGCUAUUCCGAACAUAGCCUAUGUGUUAUUCUUCUGAUGUGUAGAAAAUGACAGAACUCGUUUUAAAUAUGGAAAACACGACUCCUAUCCAUGCAGUGUAUUUCAGAAACAAUCCUUCUGACGAUUUUGACGGUGGAUGUAAUGUACUUAGCGGCAUACUUUAAUACUUUUUCCUGAAUGUACAGUAAACUGCAGUUGUAACCCGCGUAAGGGUCAAUAAGCUAGGCCAACCGGCGGGUGAUCAACAAAGACAAUUAUUCAUAGUUGUUGCAUAAGUUUCACCUAGGUGUUGUGUAUCUAUCUGAAACAAAUACGAUAUUUUUUAAAUUACAGCUAUAUGGACAUAUAGUACAGUACAUGCUUGCAACGUGACAAGUUGUCCUUUUCUGUCUCUAUGCCUCAAAUGAGGCGAAUAAAUGUUUCUUCCCA